ACCUAUUGAAGAUGCACAGCACAAAUUCUUGCAAAUAUACUUCAUGGGCAAUACGGAAGAACAACUUAAAGGGCGUCAAGAAAUCAACACAGCUAUGAAAAGAGCAAUUCUCCAAAAUUUGCAGCAAAUGCUUCACGAACAUCAUGCAUUGGUCAAGCUGUUCAAGACUGCUUUAGAGUGCAUGCCAAGAGAUGACUAUAAAGUAGUAAUCAGAGCAGAUAAAACACCAGCUGGAACACAUGAACGCACAUUUAAUGCUGCAACAAUCUAUGAAGUCGCAAUCCUGAUUGUCGGUGAAAGCUUGGAAGCACGCGAUAUUGUGCUAACACGACGCAGUACUGGGCAACUACAAAGAAUAUCUGAAACGCACCGUUCAUAUGACGCUUUACAAUACCCACUGAUGUUUUGUCAAAAAGACGAUGGAUAUCACUUCAAUAUCAAAAUGAUUAAUCCAUUGAAUGCUGCAACGGUGAUGCAUUUAGCUCAAAGGCGAUGAUUUGGAACCAUCUUAAUUUGACAAGUAGUGGCUAUUUUCACUGUCGAGCUCGCAUUAGUAAUAUUAUAAAUAUUUUGUAAACAAAUUUGUAAAUGGAGUAAUGACGAAUGAAGAUAGAUACCAAUUGCUUUAUCACAACGGUCCAGUGGAAGCUGUCGCAGAUGGGCCCACUGGCCGUCUUUACUGCGAAGUUCAGCUUAACAUAGAUGCCAAUGGCAAAUUGUUCUCUUGAGGAAAACUUUGCAAAUGGGCCCAGUCGCCGUCUGUACUGCAAAAUUUUUGAAACAGUGGGCAAUUUCCUUAUAAAUGUUGCUUCGAUGAAAGCUUUUUGUAGAUGGACAUAGUCGCCGUUUUUAACAUCGGCUCGACCUCUUAAAGACUCCAAUCAUAAAUCAAAAGAAAUUCCAUAAGAUAUUUUGCAUUAUGGGAUAGGGUAAAACAAAGUUAUCAUGUGCAGCUGGUAUAUUGGUCAUUAUCUCUGACCUCUAGAAUGUAGGAGUAGAUGGGCCCAGUUGCCGUCUUACCUAUCAACUUAACCUAUUAAAAGGUCGAAGCAGAAUAAUUAGGGGAAAACCAAGUUUUCAUUUAUAGGUAGGUCUAUUGAUCAUCAUCUAUGACUUCUUGAAUGUCAGAGUAGAUGGACCCAGUAGCCGUCAUUCCUACUGACUGGUCCAAGCAUCAAAUCAAUUAAAUUUCUCAGGAGAUUCUGCGAAUGAAAAA